CUAGCCUCCCGCCUGCCGCCGCCCUCAAAAGGCCAGGGCGGGAGCGACAAGGCCCGGGCGGGAGCCGGGAGCACAACCGAUAUGGAGACGCUGCUGCUGUGCGCCGGGCUGCUGCUUGGCUCCUACGUGCUUGUCUACUAUAACCUGGUGAUGGCCCCAUCGUGCCGCGGCACCGGCAGCCUGCGGGGCCGCACGGCCGUGGUCACGGGCGCCAGCAGCGGCAUCGGGAAGAUGACAGCGCUGGAGCUGGCGCGCCGGGGAGCGCGCGUGGUGCUGGCCUGCCGCAGCCGGGAGCGCGGGGAGGCGGCCGCCUUCGACCUCCGCCAGGCGAGCGGAAACAAUGAGGUCAUCUUCAUGGCCUUGGACUUGGCCAGUCUGGCCUCCGUGCAGGCCUUUGCCACUGCCUUCCUGAGCUCUGAGCCAAGGCUGGACAUCCUCAUCCACAACGCAGGCAUCAGUUCCUGUGGCCGGACUCGGGAGGCCUUUAACCUACUGUUGCGAGUAAACCAUGUUGGCCCUUUUCUGCUGACACACUUGCUGCUACCCCGCCUGAAGUCGUGUGCCCCAAGCCGUGUGGUAGUAGUGUCCUCAGCUGCCUACCGGCGUGGUCGUCUCGACUUCACACGUCUGGACUGCCCAGUGGUGGGCUGGCGCCAGGAGCUUCGGGCAUAUGCUGACAGCAAACUAGCCAAUGUGCUGUUUGCCCGGAAGCUUGCCACCCAGCUUGAGGGCACUGGUGUUACCUGCUAUGCGGCCCAUCCAGGACCUGUGAACUCGGAGCUCUUCCUACGCCACCUUCCUGGAUGGCUGUGUCCUCUCUUGCGCCCACUGGCUUGGCUAUUGCUCCGGGCACCUCAAGGGGGUGCCCAGACACCCCUGUAUUGUGCUCUGCAGGAGGGCAUUGAGCCCCUCAGUGGGAGAUAUUUUGCCAACUGCCAUGUGGAGGAGGUCUCCCCAGCUGCUAGAGAUGACCAAGCUGCCCUUAGGCUGUGGAAAGCUACCAAGAAGCUGGCAGGGCUUGGGCCUGAAGAGGAUGAUGACACCGAUGAAGAAGCCCAACCUCAGGAUCCAGGGCCCCCAUCUUCUCUGCGUGCCCCCAGCCCUGAGAAAACCACAGUUUCUGGACCUUCUCGUAGCUCUCUGGGCUCACCAGACUUACCCAAAUUGAUACAGAGAAGAUUUCAGGUGAAGGCUAAACCUACAUCCUAAGUUUCCUAAACCCCCAGGCUAGAAUGCUUUUAUAGCAACUCAGUUUCGUGCCUGGGCACUGAGGGGUUGCCGGGCUUUUACCUCGGUUGUUACUUGGGAGGACCUCUUGUUAU